AUGGCCGCAGAAAACGAGAAGAAACCUGUCCUGGAGAUGGUCCAGGCAGAUGGAGGAGACGAUGGCUGUGUGACGUUUGUGAUGCAUGAGGAAGACCAUACACUUGGAAACUCCUUACGUUACAUGAUCAUGAAGAAUCCUGACGUGGACUUUUGUGGCUACACCAUCACACAUCCUUCAGAGACUAAGAUCAACUUUCGUAUUCAGACUCGAGGGAACGUCUCGGCCUCUGAAACGUUUCGACAGGGCCUGACUGAGCUGACUGAAGCAUGUCAGCACGUUCUCAACACUUUUGAGGCGCGAGUAAACGAGUUCAAAGACAAGCAGCAGCAGCAGCAGCCCAUGGAAUAA